CAGCAACUCUAUCAAUAGAUCAGACAUUCAGACUACUACUUUUCUGCAUUUUUUCUUCUUUUUAUACCAUUCAUUCCCACUCUCUGAGUACAUUAUUUAUAACACAACUCACAAAUUUUCCACUCUGCUCAACACAUUUUACUCUCUUUUUAUGCUCCACAAAUUUUGUUUCCGAAAAAAAAAUGAUGAGCACAACUGAGGAGGGAACGAGCACGAAGACGGGUGCUGCAAUUUUACAGAAGUACUCAAAAGCAGCUCAGGUAUCGCUGAGAAUCAUGGCGAUGGCUGCAUCGCUAGCAGCUGCCUCGAUAGUUCUCAGCAGCAAUCAGACUGUGGUCAUUUACGGUAUCACUGCUCAUGUUAAAUAUAGUUACUCCCCUACUUAUGAGUUUCUUGCAGCAGCAAAUUUAAUUGCAUGUGUUUUAUCCGCGAUCUCUGUGCUUAUCCUUUACAUCAUAGGAAAAUACGCGAAAUCAGUCAACUAUUUCUUCUUCUUCCUGCAUGACUUGGUGGUAAUGACACUGUUGAUGGCUGCUUGUUCCGCGGCAACAGCAAUGGGAUACCUAGGCCGAUACGGGAACAAACACGCAGGAUGGAUAGCAAUUUGCGGAUACUUAGAUAGCUAUUGUGACAGGAUCACAGUUUCUGUAACGCUUUCAUACAUCGCCUUCUUAUUUUAUUUCUUUCUCGCGAUCAUCUCCGCUAGCAAGGCCAGGCCCUCCACCGCACAAGCUGACAAGUGAUUAUGUGCAGCAGUUUCUUGAUUGAGCACUAAAAUUAAAGAGUGGCAUUGUAUUGUAGAUUAGGUUUUUCAGACAAGACACUUCCUACCAAACUAGCUAAAGCUUUUAGGUGCCUGGUUUGAAUUUUUGGUGGUUCUGUCGCUUACUGUUUGUGUGAAUGUAUGGACGAUAAUUUAACA